AUGCCCGUCAACUGUAUUAUGCUGUCGUACAUGGCGCCAUCCGUUAGCGACAAGCCGCCGACGGUGCCCAGCCGGCUGACGCUGGAACACAAGUCGUCCGCGGCCACGGCCUACCACCGGUUCAGCCGGCCGACGCCCAGUGUCGUCGCGUUCAACGUGCAGCAGCUGGACGGCCACCUGCAGCCGCGCGAGGGGUUCGGCGCCCUGCCCGCCCCGCCCGUCCGGCGAACCAUGGUCAAAGAGGACAGCACGGGCAGCAUCGCGUCCAGCAUCAUCAUCGACGCCGUGCUGCCGACCACGCACGAGAGCAAACGGCCGGCCACCAAACCGGCCGCAUCCAAAAGAGUUUCGUUUGGCAGUUCAAAAGGAUCUAUGGUUGAAACAUUGAUAUACGAUAGCCCUCCUGUUCAAGAAGAGACAUUGGAUAUAAGUGAUAUUGACGACUGUGACGGUACUGUUGCGUCCACUAAGGUCCGGGUGAGCUUUUUCGAAUCCGAGAAACCGUGCGUGCUACCUUCACCGCCAAAAUCGUUGGAAAUAUUUGGCGACAGCACGAUGACCACAUCGAGUCCUAUACUACAAAGGUCAAAUGGCCACGUCCAAACGCAGAUUAGUUCGGACGGCUGGGAUAAUCCUUUCAGACCCGACGGCGACCUGUCCAAGGAAGCCGACCAGAUAGUCGAACUGAUUAAAGAAGGCAAACCGAUCACGCCGACGCCCACGAGCGCUACGUCGCCGCUGUUGCCCGCCGACCACAGCGGACCGGAAGUCAAUAAACUACACGACCAGCAACAACCGGUGACGUCCACCCCGACAAAGGCCAACGGGACGUGCAACGAGAAGAACGCGGUGCCGCCCAACGUGGAAGUCCAACGAGGAACUGUGAUAAAUGGAAACGAGCCUUCCCAAGUGGAACACGUAAUAUUGAAGAAAAAACCAAAAUGCAGGUGUUGUGUGAUACAAUAA